CGACUCUUAAUGAUGGAGAAUCUUCAAUUAUAUGUUGCAAAGAAUUUAAGCGGCUUGUUGAAGCAUGUUCUUCAACUUCUCAGCAAAAUAUCACAUGCAAACAAAGUCUCCAAGAAAUGGAAACAGCAUACAACAGACUGAGAAAUGAUAUGGAGGGAUUGAAGGGACAAGAAGACUGCAAAAAUUAUCGUCUUAGCGAACUGACCUUCGAGAACGAAACUUUGCGCAAAGACUUGAACGACCGCGACGCAGAAUGCUGCGCCAUGAAGAGACGACUGAAGAAACGAGACUCAGAAAUAUGUAAUUUGAAGACACUAUUGACUAACCACGAUGGCGCCCUGAUUGUGCUGAAGAAAAAAUAUGCUAUUGCAACUGCAAGAGUUCGUGAAGCAGAAAUUGAACACUAUCUAAUGAAACACGCACUAUUGACUUUGUUGGAAGAGCUAAAAAUAACAAAGAACCAACCAGCUGAACAAGAAUUUCAAAAUGUUCUCUCAAAAGUAAUGAAUGAGGAAGGAAUGAAGUCAACAUACACAGAAAGUGAAAUUAACAGCCUGGAUGAAAAAUUCAUGUAUACACAACAUGAGCUUGAUGCAGCUGGAACCAAGAGUGACCACAAGAAAAUGUCUUCGGACCUACCAGAGAAUAUUUGUACUAAAAAAUUGGAAACAUUAAAUUACACUGAAACAGAUUUUAUUGAGAAGGAACACCGAUUGUUGGAGAAAAGCGAAGGAAUAACUAAGCUACUCUAUGAAAUGAAAGCUCAGUUAAUUCACGCUAUCGGCCUUUUAAGCGAAACUGAGACCAAUGUUUUAAAUUCAAAACACGAAAUGCGUAAUCAAAUGUCGGAGAAAUCCAACGAUAAUCAAAACAUGAAGGAGCUAGAGUUUAUUUUGCGUGAAGCUCAGCAGAAAUAUCAUGAAGCAAACAGACAGUUGGAAGAAGUAAAAUUGAAGUCGAUUCAUACAAAAAGUGAACUUAAUGUGUUUGAGGAAGAGUGCAUUUCUACGAAUGACAUGCAGCCUCAACUAAGUAAAAAAACACCCUUGAACAUCGAAAAUUUUGCCUUCAAAAUCCAAAAUGAACACGCCACAGGGGCCACAGUAUUUAGUGAGCUGAAAAAUGUUAGCUUAUUAGAAAGAGCUCAGAUGGCCAAAAUAACAAAUGCUGAAGAAUUCUCCAGAAGAAUGGAAAAUGAAUUAGAAUCCACUAGAACAGAACUAAAUGAUGCCAAACAACAGCUCAUGUGCAAAAAUGUGCAACUUUUGAUCAUUGACUCAGAGUUUAAUUCUUUAAAAAGAAAACACGAUGAACUAGAACUUGAACUUACUCGACUUAAACAAACACUUAAACAAGAAGACCAAAUUAAAGGUGUUGAUACCAUCAAUAAAGAUGUCAUGAUUUAUAACCGAACAGACGAAGAAGAACCUAAAACAACUAAACGUUUGUGCGACUUAAGAACUGAAAUCUAUGAUUUUGAAAGUAAAACUACUGAACUAAAAGAACAGCGUUCUCGUACAGAUGAGGAACUGGACCUGUUAACCACAGAACUUAAUUGCAAAAUGACAGAACUCAAGAGAAAAGAAGACGAGUAUAAUGACAUAAGGCAAAAACUUGAAGUAAGGGAUAAUGACUAUGCCCACAUAAAGAAGCAACUUGCAGAAAUAGCAUUAGCCUGUGAUGCCGCAGCAAAGGAGCUAAUCGAAACCACAAGCAAGUAUGAUUACACAAGCAGAAAACUUGCUAAACUAAAAAAAGAGUACCGUAACAUUACGCAGCAGUUAGAAGAAAUUAAAGCGGAACGCAAAAUUGUAUUGGCUGACUUAAAAACACUUCACGCAGAGCAAGGAAAUGAAAACAAUGAACUAAACGACUUAAAAUAUGUAUUAAGUGAUACAAAGGAACAAAUAAAUUGUACCCAAACCGAAAUUCUCGACACUCAAAAACACCUUAGUGAGAAAAAAAAUGAAAUGAAUUUUGUAAAACAGAUGUUAGAUGAAAUACAAAAUCAGUAUGCCGCUACGAGAAAUGAACUUGAAAACAGAGUAGCACUUUUGAUGAUUUUGAAGAAAAAAAUGUGUGAACUAAAAAAAGAAUAUCGUUUAAUUAACGAAGAGUUUGUACAUAUUGAAACUGCAUACACGAGCAAAACAUGGGAAUUAAAUAAAUUAAAUGUGGAAUAUCUGAAGACAAAUGAGGACAUGCAAAAGUUAAACAUAGAGCAUGAAUGUGCAAAGGAACAGUACGAUAACCUUAAAGCAGAAUUAUCUCACAUUAAUGAGCAGCUUAUUCAUCUUGAAGCUUCGUUCAAGAAUAAAACAUAUGAAUUAAGUAAAUUUAAAGAAGAAUAUUGUACGACAAUUCGAAAUUUACAAUGGAUAAAAAUCGAUUAUGGUCGUGCAAAGGAACAGUACGAUAAUCUUCAAACAGAAAUAUCUCAUAUUAAUGAGGAGCUUGUUCAUCUUGAAGCUGUACACAAAAACAAAACAUACGAAUUAAAUAAAUUUAAAGAUGAAUAUUUUAAGAUGAGUGGUGACUUGCGCAGGGUAAAAACAGACUAUGGCUGUGCAAAGGAACAGCGUGAUAAUCUUCAAACAGAAUUAUUUAACAUUAAGGAUGAGCUUGUUCAGCUUAAAGGCACAUACACGAACAGAAGAAAUGAAUUAAGUAAAUUUCAAGAAGAAUAUUUGAAGACAAACGGAGACUUGAACAACAUAAAAGGAGAGCAUAACCGUGCAGAGGAAAAACAAGAAACUCUUCAAAAUGAACUAUUUCACAUUAACGAGGAACUUGUUCAACUUGAAGCUUCAUACACGAACAAAAAAAAUGACUUAAGUAAACGUCAAAAAGAAUAUUUGAAGACGAUUGAAGACGCUUACAAAAUAAAAACAGAGCAUGAAAGUGCAGAGGAACAACAUUCUACUCUUCAAACAGAACUAUUUCACAUAAACGAGGAGCUUCUUCAACUAGAAGCUACAUGCACAAACAAAACUUGUGAAAUAAAUAAAUUAAAAGAAGAUAUUUUGAAAAUGAACGAGGAUCUUUACCAGAUAAAAACUAAGCAUGACGGUGCAAAGAAACAGCUCAAUAUUCUUCAUAAUACAUUAGCUAAUGUGAAUAAACAAGUCUUGGAGAGUGAAAAUGAGCUCCGAAGUGCACAGAACUAUUGGAAUAAGUUGCAGACAGAACUUCACGCUACAACGAACCAACUUGCGCAGGCAGUACCUAAUGAUGUCAAUGUAAUACAGGAUGUAUCUACCGAAUUACAUCAAGAAUCGAUUCAAGGAAAAAAUAUUAAUGUAAAUAGGGCAACCGAUUUCCAGCAGAAAGAAAAUGAAAUAUCAUGCAAAAAUAAAUUAGAAGAGUGUUUAAGAAAAAAUACGUCUCGUGGAAACGAACUAGAAAAGCCAGAAGAAAAUAUUUACGAUCUUACUGAAAAUAUAUUCAAACCAGAAUGUGAACUCCAAGAAAUAAAACCACAUUAUAAUAAGAAAAAUAGUGAGGUAACAGAGGAUCAGGAAACAAAAACCCAAAUAAAGUUACUUAAGUCAGAAUUGCUUAUACGAGAGAAGGAAAAUAGAAAACUAAUUUCUUUUAUAUCUAUACUUAAAAACAGAUUAAAACAGUACGAUACAGAAAUUACAACUGCAACUGUAUCAGAGUGGAAUAAACUCCAAAACCAGUCUUCGAAUAGUUUUGAGCUUCAGGCGAUGGAGUUAGAGGUUCUAGGCAAUAAACUUGAACAAAUGGGGAAAGAGCUAAUAAAUACUCUUGAAUGGGCAUCGCAAAUGGAGACACCACAAAUAGUACCAACAGAAUUGAUAGAAACUUUGACUGAACAGUUAAAUAUCGACCGAUCCGAAAUGACUAGGGCUGAACAGUACGAUUUACUUGGUUUCAUCCAGUGUUCUAUUUCGGGUAUUUUGCUUGAUAUAGCUGAUCACUUUUCCAGCGAAGAAGCUUUAAGGAAUGCAAUUUCAAACAUUGGAUCAGCUCAAUGUAAUGUCGAACAAUUACAAGGAAAAUUUGAUGAUGUCGAAUUAGAUUAUGAAAAUCUCUUGGCACAGCUGAUUAAGGUUUGUUCGGAAAGGGAGACACUUCAAAAGUGCAUCAGUCAUUUAAUAGUGAAACUAGAGCAAACAGAAAUUUGUCUAGCUAGAGAAACUGAAGCCAGAAAACGAGCAGACUCAUUUAUUCUUCAAAUAAAUAAUCAACAAGGUGAAAAGCGUGCGCAUGGAGAAUGUGACAAUCAGAUCCCGUUUAUGGCCAAAGAUUUUCCUGAACAUGAAGAACUGGAAAGAAGAAACAAAAAGCUAGCAAAACAAAUGAUGGAUGCAUCGGUAUCCGAGCAAGAAAAAAUUCCAUCAGAUAAACUAAAUGUGACUAUGAAAUAUAUAUUACCACAUGAGGGAAAUGACUUGAAUAAUAGAACAUUUGGUACAUGUGAAAAUAAACUAGAACAGGUAACCAGAAAUAUAGAAGCUGACAGACAAAAUGCAGAAAUAAUCCAGAACAAUCUAUUAGGUGAAAUUGAAGAUUUAAAAAGAAAACUCACUCUAGUGAUAGAAGAAAAAGACAGAUAUCGGUUGAUUGCAGAUAUUAUUGAAGAUAAACAGGAAGAGCUUCUUGAAGAAUCUUUAACAGACGAAGGCACAAAGGAAUAUGAUAUUAAAGGUAUAGAAGAUUGUAAACAGAGACUCAAGCAACUGACUAAAUAUUUAAAAUUAGAAAAGUUAAAAGCUAAAGAAAUACAUAACGAUAUCAUUGAAGAUAAAAAGGAUAAGCUUCUUGACGAAUCUUCAACUGAUGAAGAUAUUAAUGAUUUCGAUACUAAAGGUACAGAAGAAUGUAAGCAGAAACUUAAGCAACUGACUAGAUAUUUAAAGUUGGAAAAGUUGAAAGCUAAAAUAAUACAAAACAAUCUUAUAAAUGAAAUACAAGAUUUGAAAAGAAAGCUAUCUAAAAAAACAGACGAAAAAGAAACGCAACCUUUAUAUGCCGAUGCCAUACAAAAUAAUAUAAUAAAGACUCCAAAAUAUUUGUCUUCAGAAGAUGUCAAGAACUUGGAAAACCCGGAAUUACAAGAGUGCAAAAAGAAACUAGAAGAAAUUACCCGAAUUUUAGAAGCUGGAAGACCGAAUAACGAUGCAAUAAAAAUUCAAUUUUUAGCAAAAAUAAAAGAAUCAGAGAUACAUUUCCCCCAAAAUAUAGAAUACAGAGAAAACAACCAUUUAAUUACAGAUGACAUUGAUACUGUCUUCAAAGAAAUUGAAGAAAAAUCAGCAUCAGAUGAAGAAUUUAUGGACUUGAAUAAAACAGAAUUAAAAGAAUGCAAACUCCGACUAAAACAAGUGACUCAGUAUUUUAAACUCGAAAUGCAGAAUGCCCAGGAAGUUCAAAAUAAACUUUUAAAGGAAAUAGAAGAUUUAAAAAGAAAGUUGUCUCAAGUAAUAGGAGAAGAAGAAAAGUUCCCUUCGGAUACACAUGCAAUUAAAGAAAAACCGCAAGAUGAUUCAAAAGAAGAACAUGAGGAAGAAAAGUUCCCUUCGGAUACACAUGCAAUUAAAGAAAAACCGCAAGAUGAUUCUAAAGAAGAACAUGAAGAAGAUAACUUCCCUUCGGAUACUCAUGCAAUUAAAGAAAAACAAAAAGAUGAUAUAAAAGAACAUGAUGAAGAAAAGUUCCCCUCGGGUACUCGUGCAACUAAAGAUAAACAGUUAGAUGAUUCAAAAGAACGACAUGAUGAAGAAAAGUUCCCCUCGGAUACUCGUACAACCAAAGAAAAACUGCAAGAUGAUUCAAAAGAACAACACGAUGAAGAAAGGUUCCCCACGGAUACUCGUGCAACUAAAGAAAAACAGCAAGAUGAUUCAAAAGAACAACAUGAUAAAGAAAGGUUCCCCUCGGGUACUCGUGAAACUAAAGAUAAACAGUUAGAUGAUUCAAAAGAACAACAUGAUGAAGAAACGUUCCCCUCGGAUACUCGUACAACCAAAGAAAAAUUGCAAGAUGAUUCAAAAGAACAACACGAUGAAGAAAGGUUCCCCACGGAUACUCGUGCAAUUAAAGAAAAACAGCAAGAUGAUUCAAAAGAACAACAUGAUAAAGAAAAGUUCCCCUCGGGUACUCGUGCAACUAAAGAUAAACAGUUAGAUGAUUCAAAAGAACGACAUGAUGAAGAAAAGUUCCCCUCGGAUACUCGUACAACCAAAGAAAAACUACAAGAUGAUUCAAAGGAACAACUUGAUGAAAUGUUCCCCUCGGAUACUCAUGCAAUUAAGGAAAAACAGUUAGAUGAUUCAAAAGAACAACACGAUGAAGAAAGGUUCCCCACGGAUACUCGUGCAACUAAAGAAAAACAGCAAGAUGAUUCAAAAGAACGACAUGAUGAAGAAAAGUUCCCCUCGGAUACUCGUACAACCAAAGAAAAACUACAAGAUGAUUCAAAGGAACAACUUGAGGAAAUGUUCCCCUCGGAUACUCAUGCAAUUAAGGAAAAACAGUUAGAUGAUUCAAAAGAACAACACGAUGAAGAAAGGUUCCCCACGGAUACUCGUGCAACUAAAGAAAAACAGCAAGAUGAUUCAAAAGAACAACAUGAUAAAGAAAGGUUCCCCACGGAUACUCGUGCAAUUAAAGAAAAACAGCAAGAUGAUUCAAAAGAACAACAUGAUAAAGAAAAGUUCCCCUCGGUUACUCGUGCAACUAAAGAUAAACAGUUAGAUGAUUCAAAAGAACGACAUGAUGAAGAAAAGUCCCCCUCGGAUACUCGUACAACCAAAGAAAAACUGCAAGAUGAUUCAAAAGAACAACACGAUGAAGAAAGGUUUCCCUCGGGUACUCGUGCAACUAAAGAUAAACAGUUAGAUGAUUCAAAAGAACGACAUGAUGAAGAAAAGUUCCCCUCGGAUACUCGUACAACCAAAGAAAAACUCCAAGAUGAUUCAAAAGAACAACUCGAUGAAGAAAGGUUCCCCACGGAUACUCGUGCAAUUAAGGAUAAACAGUUAGAUGAUUCAAAAGAACAACAUGAUGAAGAUAAGUUCCCCUCGGUUACUCGUGCAACUAAAGAAAAACAGCAAGAUGAUUCAAAAGAACAACAUGAUAAAGAAAAGUUCCCCUCGGGUACUCGUGCAACUAAAGAUAAACAGUUAGAUGAUUUAAAAGAACGACAUGAUGAAGAAAAGUUCCCCUCGGAUACUCGUACAACCAAAGAAAAACUGCAAGAUGAUUCAAAAGAACAACACGAUGAAGAAAUGUUCCCCUCGGAUACUCGUGCAACUAAAGAUAAACAGGUAGAUGACUCAAAAGAACAACAUGAUGAAGGCAAGUUCCCCUCGGGUACUCGUGCAACUAAAGAUAAACAGUUAGAUUACUUAAAAGAACAGCUUGAUAAAGAAAAGUUCCCCUCAGAUACUCGUUCUGCUAAAGAAAAAUCGCAAGAUGAUUCAAAAGAACAAAAUGAUGACACAAAUAAGUUAAUAGCUAAAGAACUAAAAGAGUGCAAACUGAAACUAGACGAAACCACUCGCUUUCUGAAAGAUGAAAGGAAGAAAACUGAAGUAAUAAAAGACAAAUUUUUAGAGAAAUUAACAGAAAUAAAGAAAAAAAUACCUCAAAUAGAAGAAGAUAAAAGUAUGAAAUCGUUAUUCACAGACAUAAUAGAAGAUUCAGCAAAAUAUAUUGCGAAAGUACCAGAAUCAGAUGAAAUAUUAAAAGAUGGGGCAACUAAUGAAUUGGAAACAUGCAAACUUCAACUACAAAAAGUGACAAGGUAUUCAGAAGAAGAAAGGCAUUACGCAGAGUUAAACCAAAGCAAACUUUUACAUGAAAUAGAAGACCUAAAAGAAAAACUAGCUGAAGCAAUAAAAAAAAUUGACAGAUGUCGUUUUAUACAAAGUUCCUUAACAAUAAAGCCCGAAGAGACAUUUAAAGAAUCAGUAUCAUAUGACAAAGUAGAAGACUUGACAAGUAAAGAUUUAGAUAUGUGCAAACUAAAGUCAGAAACCGAAAGGCAAAAGGCUGAGUUAAUUCAAAGCCAACUUUUGGAAGAAAUAGACAAUUUGAAAAGUAAGUUGGCCCUAGCAACAGAAGAAGAAGAACAAGAAGAAAAAGAUACUAUUCAAGACAACAUAAGAGGGGGUCUGAGUGAACUGACAUUAGAUGAUAUCGAAAAAUUAAAGGAAACACAAGCUAAAAUGAAAGAUAGAGGCAAAGAAUUUUUUUUUUCUGAUUCCACAAAUGAGAAAUUGAAAGAUGUCAUGGAGGAAUCAUUUUCUGAUAAAUGUUUACAGGACCCAAAAAAUAAGGAAUUGGAAACAUGCAAAAUGAAAUUAAAGCGAAUGUCUCAAGAUUUAAAAAACGAAAGAGAUGUCGCUAAUGCAAAUGAAAGUAAGCUCUUAGAAUAUAUACAAGAAUUAAAAAGAAAAUUCCCUGAAAAAACAGAAGAAAAUGAAAAGUAUAAAUUAGUUGCAGAUAACAUUCCCGAUAAACCGGUAGAAAAUUUAAAAGAUCCAGUAUCCCCAGGAGACGAAAAAGGCUUUCUCAAAAAAGAAUUUUCAGCAUGCAAACAUAAAUUAGAACAAAUGUCUGAAACUUUAGAAGCUGUAAGAAAAAAUGCCGAUGCAAUCCUAAGCAAACGUUUAGAUGAAAUUGAAGAUCUAAAACGAAAACUGACUUUAGUAACAGAAGAUAAAGAAAAGUGUCAAUUAUUUGCAGAUGCCAUCCAGAAGAAAGUAGGUGACAAAAGUGAAGCAUCAAUACCAGAAGUAGAAAUAAGGGAUUUCAGAAAUAAAGGAUUAGAAAGUUGUGAACAGAAACUAGAUAAAAUAUCUCAAAGUUUAGAAGAUGAAAUGCUGAAUGCUGAAGAAACUAAAAACAAAUUUUUAAAUGAAAUAAAGGAACUAAGAAGAACAUUGGCUCAAAUAACUGAAGAUAAAUAUAAAGAAUCUAUAAAUGAAGCAGAUGCCAUUCAAGACAUACCAGUAGUAACCCCGAAAGGUUUAGUAACGAGUAAACAAAUAGACUUGCUAAAUAAAGAAUUAAAAGAAUGCAAACAGAAAAUAGAUCAAAUUACUAAACAAUUAGAAGAUGCAAAGCGUAAUGCUGAAUUAAUCCAAUAUAAGCAUUCAAAUGAAAUAGAUGAAUUGAAAAGUAAGCUGUCUGAAGUAACAGAUGCCAUUCAAGAUAAACCAAAAUUGCCAAUGAAAGAAUCAGAACCAAAUAAACCAAUUGGCAUGGGUAAUAAAGAGUUCGAUGAAUGUAAACAAAAACUAGAAGAAACUAUUCGGUAUUUAGAAAUUGAAAGAAAAAAUGCUGUUUUGAUACAGAGUAAUCAUUUAAAUGAAAUAGAAGAAUUAAAACGAAGUCUAGCCAAAGUAAAAAAUGAAAAUAAAAAAUAUCACUCAAUUACAGGUACUACUCAAGAUAAAUCAGAAGAGACACUGAAAGGACAAGUAUCAGACGAACAAAUGGUCUUGGCCAGUAAAGAAUUAAAAGAAUGUAAACAGAAAUUAGAAAAAUUUACUAAUAAUUUAGACCUUGAAACUAAUAAAUCAGUGGUAAUUGAAAAUAAAUAUCCAAAUGAAAAAGACGAAAUGAAAAACAAGCUUGCUGCAGUAACAGAGCCAAAUAAAAAAGACAUCCCAGUUACAGAAAGCAAUCAUGAUAAAACAGGCCUUACACUGAAAGUAUUAGUACCAGAUAAACCAACUGACUUGAGAAGUAAAGAACUAGAUGAAUGUAAAAAGAGCUUAGAAGAAAUGAAUCGAAAUUUAAAAGCAGAAAGGAAAAAAUUUGAUAUAAUGCAAAGCAAACAUACAGAUGAAAUUGAAGAUUUAAAAAGACAACUUACUCAAUUAUCAGAAGAGAAGGAAAAGAAUGCCGAGAUAAUCAAAACCCAAUUUUUAGACGAAAUAAAAGAAUUAAAAAAAAAGAUUACUCAAAUGACAGAUGAUAAAGAAAAUGAGAUCUUAGUUACAGAUUCUAUUAAAAAUAAACUAAAAAUGGACAAAGAAAAAUCACUAUCAGAUAAAGAAAUUAAAAAGGUGACAGAUAAAGAGUUGGAAGAAUGCGAUCAUAAACUGAAACAAAUGACUGACUAUUUAAAAGAAGAAGAGAAAAAUUCUGAGAAAUUACAAAAUAAUUUUUUGAAUGAAUUACAAGAAUUAAAAAGAAAGUUGGACAGGGUAACAGAAGAAAAGGAAAAGUAUAGAUUGUUGGAGGAUGCCAAAGACGAGAAAACAGGAAAAACUUUACAAGAUCCAAAACCAGAUGUAGAAAUCCAUGACACCAGAAAUAAAGAGUUAGAAGCUUGCAAAAAGACACUACAACAAAUGAUACAAAAUUUAGAAGAUGAAAAACAGAAAUCUGGGGUGAUUCAAAGUAACCACUUAAAUGAAAUAGCUGAAUUGAAAAGUAAGCUCGCAGAAGUAAAAGAGCAAAAUGGAAAGUACCACCUAGUUGCAGAUGCCAUUCUGGGUCAACCUGAAAAUACACUAAAAGAAGUGAUACCAGGUGGCCAAAAAAAGGACGUGGCAACUAAUGAUUUUGAAGAAUGUAAACUGAAACUACAGCAAAUGAAUCGAAAUCUAGAGGACGAAAAGAAAAAUUCUCAAGAAAUUCAAAGCCAACUUUCAGAUAAACUUACAGAGCUAAAAAGAAAACUAACUCAAUUAUCGGAAGAGAAAGAAGAGUAUCGCUUAGAUGCAGAUUUCCUGAAAAAAAAACUAGAAGAGACACUAAGAAAAUCUUCAAAAGAAGAACUAAAUGAUAUGAGAAAUAAAGAAUUACAAGCAUGUGAACAGAAAUUAGAGAAAAAUGCUCAAGAUCUAGAAGAUAAAAAACAGAACGAUAAAUUAAUCACAAACCAGUUAUUAGAUGAGAUAAAGGAAUUGAAAAAAAAGGUUACUCAAAUAACACAAGAUAAAGACAAAGCACAAUUAUUAGCCAAUACAAUUAAAGAUGAACUAAAACAAGCAAUGGAACAAUCAUUAAGAGACCAAGAAAUAAAUGAUAUAUCAAAUAAGGAGUUAGAAGCGUGCAAACUUAAACUAAAACAAUUAUCUCGCUCUUCAGAAUCGGAAGGAAAAAAUAACGAAAUAACACAAUUACGAAAUUUAAAUGAAAUAAAAGAAUCAGAAAGAAAUCUGGUAGACGAUCAAGAUAAAAAACCAUUUUCGUUAGAUGCUAAAAGAAAAGAAUUAAUAAAGGCUAUUGGAAAAUCAGGACCGGAAGGAAACAUAUUGGACUUAACAAAAAAAGAAUUGGAUGAGUGCAAAAUAAAACUUGAACAAGUGACUCGGUAUUUAGAAGCAGAAAGGCAGAAUGCCGAGGUAAUGAAAAACAAGCUUUUAGAUGAUUUGGGAGAGCUUAAGAAGAAACUGGCUCAAACGAAAGAAGACACUGCAAAAGAACCUAUAUUAGCUGAUGCUGUUCAAGAUAAGCUGAAAGAGGCGUUGAAAGUCUCUGUACAAAAUAAAGAUGCAAAGGACUUGACAAAUGAAGUAUUAGAAGCAUGCGAACUUAAACUUGAACAAACGACUCGAUAUUUAGAAGUCGAAAGAAAAAAUGCUGACUUAAUCCAAAGCAAACUACGAAAUGAAAUAGAAGAAUUAAAAAGAAAUUUAACCCAAGUACCUGCUACAGAGAUAAAGGAUACAAGUAAUAGAGAGUUGGAAGCAUGCGAACAGAAACUACAAAAAAUGAGAAGCGAUUUGAAACUAGAAAAGGAAAAUGCCGAGGCAACAAAAAACAAAUUUUUAAAUGAAAUAAAAGAAUUGAAACGUACGAUUAAUUUAAUGAUACAAGAUAAGAACACAAAGUUGUCCGCAGAUGUCAUUCCAGAUAAAGUGGCAGAGCUUUUAAAAGAAUCAGUACCCGAGAAAGAAAUGAAGGACUUAACGAAUAAAGAACUAGAGAAGUGUAGACUGAAACUGGAACAAAUGGGUAGAUAUUUAGAUGCCGAAAGGCAGAGUCACGAGGACACUAAAAAUAGAUGUGUAAAAGAAAUCGACAAUUUAAAGAGAAAGCUUGCUCAGGUGACUGAAGGUGAAAACGCAACCCCCUUAUUUUCAGAUAAUAGUCAAGAUGAAAUAAGUAAUGGGAUAAAGGCAUUAGUAUCGGAUGAAAAAAUUAAAGAUUUAGCAAAUGCAGAAUUAGAAGAAUGCAAACUCAAACUAGAAAAAAUGACUCGUUAUUUAGAAGCUGAAAGAGAAAAUUCUGAACUAAUAAAAAAUGAACUUUCAGAGGAAAUAAGAGAAUUGAAAAGAAAAUCAUUUGGAGUAACGGAAGUUAAGGAAAAUGAACAGUUGCGUUCUGGAAAAUUGAUAAGAUCAUUUGGAUUAACAGGAGUUAAGGAAAAUGAACUGUUACGUUCUGGAGAAUUGAAAAGAAGAUCAGCUGGAGUAAUGGAAGAUAAGGAAAAUGAACAGUUACGUUCUGGAAAAUUGAAAAUGUCAUCUGGAGUAACGGAAGUUAAGGAAAAUGAACAGUUAUUUUCCGAUUCUGAUAACGAGAAAUCUACGAAUGCAAAUGAAGUGAAACAUGUAGCAGCUACAACUGAAAUAAAGCUAAAGAAGGAUUUAGAAGAAGCUUUAAAACAAAUAGAACAACUAGUUAUCAGCCAGGAAAAAGACACAGCUCUCAUAGAUGCACUGAAACAAGAACUAGAGAACAAUAAAAUAGAAAUGGAAACAUUAUGCCAAGACAGAGAAAAAAUGCCAAAAGAAGUUCUAACAAAAUCUAGAGCUCUUAAAACAGAAGAGCCUGAUGUAAUCAUCACUCAAGAUUCCUUCAUCUCAAAAGUCAGAGACAUCAAGCAAGGUCCGAAGAGCGCAGAUGUCACGCCACGCCACGAUGCCAUCGACACACUGGACCAUGCUUUCGAAGAUCUUCUUAGAAAAUUGCUCCAGAAAGGUUUCAAGGGGCUGUCGCUGCCGGAGCUGGCGCGGCUGCACGAGCAGACGUGCGAGGCCACGCGCCUCCUGCUGCUGGACUCCGGGGGAGAACCUGCCUCCAGGCCCCCGCCAGGCGCCCCCAGCCCGCUGAUGGUCCUGGACCGCAUCAACCUCGAGGACAUCAAGCUGUCGCAGCAGGACCGCGCGCUGGUCGUCAGAGAGAGCCAGCUGGAGGCGCAAGUGCUGCAGCGGCGCAAGCGAGAGUGGGAGCUGAGCUUCCAGCGACACCAGCACAUUUGGAAGAUACAGGAGCUGGAAAAGGCCGGCAUCCUACGACCCGGAGCGGGCGGUCCGGAGACCAAGCGCACGCGCGGACGGGCGCAGUCCCUCCCCAGGAACUUACGGCCGCCGACGACCGUCAACUUGCGUGUGGAGGUCAGUCAGCGACGCCAGGACGCCAUAGUCGCCGGGCCGGCGAUCACGGACCAGGACAUGCCGCACGGCGCGGCCGAGAGCGCGGAGGGCGAGGCGGGGCGGCUGCGGGCGGAGCUGGCGCAGCUGCGGGCGGAGCUGGAAGGGCGCGAGGCGGAGCUGCAGCUGCUCCGCGAGCAGGCGAGGCUGGCGCAGGCGGACACCCGCCGCGUCCAGGCGGAGCUGGCGCGCAGCCAGGCCGCGCAGGGCAGACUGCAGCAGCUGCUCGACGCCAAGGCGGAGCUGUGCGCGGCCAAGGACGACCUCAUCAACGAGAUGAAAAGCGUGAUUUGCAAACUGAACAAAACACUUAACGACGAGGAGUCAUCACUGAUUGACCGCACAGAGUUAGAGCGACUUGUCGGGGAGAGUUCUGCCACUACUCAGGAAAACAUCUCGUGCAAAAAAAGUCUCCAAGAAAUUGAAACGGCGUACCACCUACUGAAAAGUGACUCGGAGGAAAUGAAAAGACAAGACGAAUGCAAGACAAUGCGCCUAAGCCAACUGUCUUUCGAGAACGAAACACUGCGCAAAAACGUGAACGACCGCGACGCACAGUGCUCCACCAUGAAGAGGCGACUGAAGAAACGGGAUUCGGAAAUACGUAAUUUAAAGACACAGCUGGCCAGCCAAGACGCCGCCCUAAUUGUACUCAAGAAGAAACAUGCCAUAGCAACAGAAAAAAUCCGUGAAGCUGAAAUGGAACACGAUCUCACGAAGAAUACGCUACUGACUUUGCUGGGAGAGCUGGAGUCGACGAGAAAACAACCGGCAGAACGAGAAACAAAAACUGUCCCGAAGGAAAAAAUUGGUGAUGAUGAAGACAUGAAAACAAUAUGUAUUGAAACUGACUCGGUGAAUGACUUGGAGAUGGAUUUUAAUCAGCCUGAACACAGAUUGUCAGAGAAAAGCAAAAUAACAAGUAAGCUACUUUCUCAAAUAAAAGUUGAGGUUAAUCGUGCCACGGGACUCUUAAGUGAAACUGAGACACAGUUGAUUGAUUCAAAGAAUGAAAUGCGAAAAAAAGAGCAGGAGAAUUCAAUCGAUGAGCAGAACAAAGAAGAGCUUGAGUUACUUUUCGCUCACGUGCAGCAAGUUUUGCGCGAAGUUCAGCAGAAAUAUCAGGAAGCAAAUAGUCAACUAGACGAAAUAAAAUUUAAAUUGACUGAUGCAAAACAUAGGCUGAACGAGAUUGAAGGAAAACGUGUUUUCACGAAUGAAAUGCAACUUGAACUAAGAAAAAACAAUUUGAACAUCAAAAAUUCGAACCUUUCUAACGAAGUUGAAAAUACCGAAGAGACAACAUCGUUCAGUGAGCAGGAAAAUGAGAGUUUUGGAGAAAGAGCUAGGAUGGUUGAAAUAACAGUCGAUGAAAAAUCCUGCAAAGAAAGGGAGGAUGAAUUAGAAUCCACAAAAACAGAACUCAAGGAUGCUAAGAACCAGCUCACGUGUUCACAAGUGCGACUUUUCAUCAUAGACUCAGAAUUCCGCGAGUUAAAACGAAAAAACGAUGAAUUAGAACUUGAACUCGCUCGACUAAAAUAUCCACAUGAGCAAGAAGAGCAUGUCCGGGUUGUUGAUAUGGUCCAUGAAGAUGGGAAGAUUCAUCAACCGACGGACGAAGAAGAACCUAAACUAACCAAGUGUCUGAGUGACUUACGAACUGAAAUACAAGACUCAGAAAAACUACUCACCGAACUAAAAGAACAACAUACACAAAUAAUUGAAGCAAUGGACCAGUUAACUACCGAAAGUCAGUGUAAAAGGACAGAGCUUGAGAAGGCAGAAGCACAGUAUGCUGAGAUAAGGCAAAAACUUUAUGAGAUGGAUAUUGACUACUUCUGCACAAAGAAGAAACUUGAAGAGAUAGCAUUAGCGUGUGCUGCUGCAACGAAGGAGCUAGCAGAAACUAAAACUAUGUAUGAUUGCACGAGCCAAAAACUUGCAAAAUGGAAAGUAGAGUACCUUAACAUUACGCAGCAGUUAGAAGAACUGAAAGCGAAACGCAUAUCUGUACGGAAUGAACUAAAUACACUACAGUCAGAAAAUGGUAAUGAAAACGAACUAAAUAAGUUGAAAAAUGAAUCGGCUGAGACCAAGCAACAGAUAAAUUUUACCAAAGCAGAAAUUAUCGCCGCACAAAAACAACUCAACGAGAACAUGCAGGAAAUGUAUUUAUCGCAACAGAUGCUGAAUGAAGCACAAGAAAAGUAUGCUGCUACAAAAAGAGAACUAGAAGAGAGAGUAUCACAUUUGGUACUUUUGAAAAAAAAUCUAUGUGAAACUAAAAUAGAAUACCGUCGCACUAACGAAGAGCUUGUGCAUAUCGAAGCUGCAUACACGGUCAAAAAAAGUGAUUUAAAUAAUUUUAAGGAAGAGUACGUCAAGACGAACGAAGAAUUACACCAGGUAAGUUUAGAGCAUGAAUAUACCAAGGAACAACUUGAUACGCUUCAAACAGAAUUAUCUCGCAGCAGUGAAGAGCUUGUUGACAUUGCAGCUGCCUGCACGAAUAAAAAACAAGAAUUAAAUAAACUUAAGAAAGAAUAUGUUAGAACGAAUGAGGAACUGCACCAGGUAAAAACAGAGCAUGAAUUUGCUAAGGAACAGCUUGAUACUCUUCAAACAGAAUUAUCUCGCAGCAGUGAAGAGCUUGUUGACAUUGCAGCUGCCUGCACGAAUAAAAAACAAGAAUUAAAUAAACUUAAGAAAGAUUAUGUUAGAACGAACGAGGAACUGCACCAAGUAAGAACAGAGCAUGAAUUUGCUAAGGAACAGCUUGAUACUCUUAAAACAGAACUAACUCACAGCAGUGAGGAGCUUGUUAAUAUUGAAGCUGCCUACACGAACAAAACAAAUAAUUUAAGUAAAUAUGAGGAAGAAUAUUUAAAGACGAACGAAGACUUGAAAAAUAUAAAAAUAGAGCAUGAACGUGCAAAAGAACAGUUUGAUACUCUUCAAACAGAAUUAUGUUAUAUUUAUGAGGAGCUUGGUCAUUUUAAAGAUGCAUACAAGAAUACAGAAUAUGAGUUAUGCAUAUUUAAAGAAAAUUAUUUUAAGACGAAAGAAGACUUGAACAAUACAAAAACAGAUCAUGAAUUUGCAAAGCAACAGCUUGAUACUCUUCAAUCAGAAUUAUCUUGCAUUAAUGAGGAAUUUGGUCAUGUUGAAGCUGCAUACAAGAACAAAACAUUUGAAUUAAAUAAACUUAAGGAAGAAUAUCUGAAGACAAAUGAGGACUUGCAUAAAAUAAAAACAGACCAUAACUUUGCAAAGGAACAGCUAAAUGAUUUUUGUAAAAACUUGGCUAACAUAAAUAUGCAAGCUAUUGAGAGUGAAAAAGAACUCGCUAGUGCAAAAGAUUAUUUGAAUGUGCUGCAAACAGAACUUCAUGCCACAACGAACGAACUUGAGCAAGUGAAUUCCCGAAAGACAAAACACGAUGAUUCAAAAGAAAAACAGGAUGUAGCUACCUGGCAGAAGGAAAACGAAAUAGCGUGGAAAAACAAAUUGGAAGAAUGUUCAAAACAUAAUGAAUUUCUUAGAAACGAACUAGAGAAGGCAGAAAGUCAUAUUUCAAGUCUAACCGGAAAAAUAUUAAAUCUUGAAAACUCACUUCAACAAAUGAAAACAUUAAAUGAAAAUAGCAUUGGUGAGGUGACAGAGAAUCAACCAACAAAAAACAAAAUAAAAGAACUCGAGUUGGAAUUGCUUUGUCAAGAGAAGGAAAAGAAAAUGCUGCUUUCAUUCAUUUCCAUCCUUAAAGACAGGAUAAAACAGUACGAUACAGAGGUUACAACUGCAACUGUGGCAGAGUGGAAUGAGUUGCAAAAACAGUCUUCGAAUAGUUUUGAGCUUCAGGCAAUGGAGUUAGAGGUUCUAGGCAAUAAGCUCGAACAAAUGGGGAAAGAGCUAAUAAAUACUCUUGAAUGGGCAUCGCAAAUGGAGACACCACAAAUAGUACAGACCGAAUUGGUAGAAACUUUGAGUGAACGGCUGAACAUCGACCGAUCCGACAUGACUCGGGCUGAGCAGUACGAAUUACUCGGUUUCAUUCAGUGCUCCAUCUCAGGUAUUUUGCUUGAUAUUGCUGAUCACUUUUUGAAUGAGGAAGCUUUAAGGAAUGCAAUUGCUGACAUUGGCACCGCUCAAGAUGAUGUUAAGCAAUUAGAAAGGAAAUUUUGCGACGUUUGUUCGGAAAAGGAGAUGCUUCAAAAGAAACUAGAGGGAGCUGAAAAUCAAUUACGUGAAGAAAAGUUAGCGCAUGAAGAGUGUGAGAAUCAGUUGCGAAUGCUGGCCAAAACAUUCUCAGAGCAUAAAGAAAUUAGGUCCCUAAGUCCCUUGGGUGAAGACGUCAUUGAAGAUGAACAUGACAGGCAAGAAGCAGAAAUGAUUGAAAACAAGCUUUUAAAUGAAAUUGCCGAGUUAAAAAAAAAACUCACUGAAAUAACAGAAGAAAGGGACAGAUAUAGGUCGAUUGCAGAUAUUAUGGAAGAUGAUCAAGACGGGACUUCAGAAGAUUCUCUGACAGAGGAAGAAGGGAAAGAAUUCAGUAUUAAAGAUUUACAAGAGUGUAGACAUAAACUUAAGCAACUAAUCAAAUAUUCAGAAGCCGAAAUGCUAAAGGCUAAAGAAAUACAAAAAAAUCUUUUGAAUGAAAUAGAUGAAUUGAAAAGAAACAUAACCCAAGAAACAGGAAUGCUACCCUUAUAUUCCGAUGCCAUUCAAGAUAAACUAGGAGAGGCUACAAAAGAAUUAACACCAGAGGAAAGUGUCAGGCAUAUGACCAAUACAGAACUACAUGAAUGUAAGGCCAAAUUAGAAGAUAUGGCACGUCUUUUAGAAGCUGAGAGGCAGAAUGCUGACGCAAAGAAAAACAACAUUUUUGAUGAAAUAAAAGGAAUGAAGCGAAAGAUUCCUCAAAUUAUAGACGAUGAGGACUUAUUUGCAAGUGUUAUUAAUGAUAUAUUAAAAAAUAUUGUGAAAGAUUCAGCAUUAGAUGAGGAAUCAAAAGAUUCGACAAAUAAACAAUUAGAAGAAUGUCAACUCCAAUUAGAAAAAGUUAUUCAACAUUUAGAUGCCGAAAGGCAGAACGCCGAGAUGAAAAUAAACAAACUUUUAGAAGAAAUAGAAGAUUUCAAAAUUAAAUCGACAACAGAAACAGGAGAAGAAAAGUCUCCCUUACUUACCGAUGCCACUCAAGAUAAAUUGGUAGAUGAUUCAAGAGAACUGCCACAUGAUGAAGAAAAGUCGAACUUGACAGAUAAAGAAUUACAAGAGUGCAAACUGAAACUAGAAGAAACAACUCGCUUUUUGGAAGAUGAAAGAAAGAAUACAGAGGCAAUAAAAAACAAAUUCUUAGAGGAAAUGAAUGAUUUAAAGAUAAAACUGCCUCAAAUUAAAGAUGACAAAGAUAUAGAUUCUUUAUUUGCAGAUAUAAUAACUGAUAAAGGGGAAAAAUCAGAACCACUUGAAGAGCUAAAAGAUUUGACAACGAAUGAAUUAGAAACAUGCAAACUCCAGCUACAACAGUUGACUAAGUAUUUAGAAGAUGAAAAACUUAGUCAACGUGAACAUUUAAAUAAAAUAGAAGAACUAAAAAGGAAGAUAGCACAAGCAACAAAUGAAAAAGAAGACGAAAAUUUAAUACAAGAAGCCAUCCAAGAAAAGCCAGAAGAGACAUCUACGGAAUUGGUUUCAUUAGAUAAAAAAAUAGACUUGACAAGCGAAGAUUUUGAAGAGUGCAAACUGAAGCUAGAAAAAAUAAGUAAAUAUUCAGAAGCCGAAAGACAAAAUGCUGAGUCUGUUCAAAGAAAACUUUUGGAAGAACUGGACGGAUUAAAAAAGAAGUUGGCUCAAUUAUCAGAAGAAAGAGAAAAGUCUCAUUUGGUUUCCGAUACUAUUCAAGAUGAUGCGGAUAUGACUCGAAAAGAAAUGGCAUCAGAAGACGAACCAAAAGUUUUGACAAAUAAAGAAUUAGAAGAGUGUAUGCUGAAACUAGAAAAAAUGACCCAACAAAUGGAAACAGGAAGGCAAGAUGCUGAGGUAUUGAAAAAACAAUUUUCAGAUGAAAUAGGGGAAUUGAAGGAAUGUUUGACUAAAAUGGCACAAGAAAAAAGUAAAGAUUCCAUAAAUGACCUAUCGAAGGAAGACAUUGAACAAUCUCUAUCUGAUAAAGACUUACAGGACCUGAAAAAUAAAGAAUUAGAAGAAUGCAAAAUGAAAUUAGAACAAAUGUCUGAAGAUUUAAAAAAUGUAAGUGAUAUCGCUAAUGUAAAUGAAAGUAAGCAUUUAGAAGAAAUAGAAAAAUUAAAAAAAGAAUUGGCUGAAGCAAAGCAAGAAAACGAAAAUGAACAAUUAGUUACAGAUGCUAUUCCCGAUAAGCCGGCGGUAGACAUUGUGAAGGAAUCAGUAUCACCUGGGGAAACAGAUUUCAGAAAUAAAGAAUCUGAAGAUUGCGAACAAAAACUGGAACAAAUGUCUCGAACUUUAGAGGCUGAAAGGCAAAAUACCGAGCUAUUAAAAAGCAAAUUUUCCGAUGAAAUUAAAGAAUUGAAACAAAAAUUGAUCGCGGUGACAGAGGAAAAAGAUAUUGAUGUAAAAAAGGAUAAAUUAGAAGAACCCAAACAAGAAAUAACGGAAGAAAUUGUUUCACAAAAAGCUCCCACAAGUGUAGAGUCUGAAAUAGUUCAAGUAAAAACUCAACGUGAAGUAGAAGCAGCAUUGCCAUCAAAACGGACCAGUAUACAUGACCUUGAUAUGAGAGAUUUAUUAAAUCAAGAACUGGAAGCAUGUGAAAAGAAACUAGAGAAAAUGUCUCACGAUUUAGAAAGUGAAAAGCUGAAUGCAGAGGAAAUGAAAAACAAAUAUUUAAAUGAAAUAAAAGAAUUGAAUACAAAAAUGUCUCAAAUAACAGAAAAUAAAGAUAAAGUACAAGAGGCAUUGAAUGAAUCUUUACAGGCUGAAGAAAUAAAAAAUAUGAAAAAUAAAGAAUUAGAAGCAUGUAACCAGAAGCUAGAGAAAAAUGCUCAAGAAUUAGAAGAUGAAAAACAGAAAGCCGAGACAGCAAAAAAAAAGUUUUUGGAUGAAAUAAAAGAAUUAAAACAAAAGCUGUCUCAAAUAACGGAAGCUAAAGAUGGUAAACCACUGUCGGUAGAUGCAAAGACAGACGAAUUAAAAGAUAUUAUGGAAAAAUCAGGACCCGAAGAAAACUUAAUAGACUUAACAAAUAAAGAACUAAAUGAUUGCAAAAUAAAACUUGAACAAGUGACUAAAUAUUUAGAAAAUGAAAAGCAAAAAGCUGAGGUAUUUCAACAUGAAAUAGACGAAUUAAAAAGAAAGCUGACACAAGUACCUGGUACAGAAAUAAAGGAUACAAGUAAUAGAGAGUUGGAAGCAUGCGAACAGGAACUACAAAAAAUGACAAGCGAUUUAAAACAAGAAAAGGAAAAUGCCGAGGCAGCAAAACACCAAUUUUUAAACGAAAUAAAAGAUUUGAAAAGAAGGUUAUUUGAAUUAAUGAGUGCCAAAGGAAAACAACAGCUACCUUCCGAUUCUGAUCUCGAUGAAGAGGAAAAUGAAGCAAAGAAAGCUAAACCCAAGGUCUCAGAGGUAACUGUUCCAGAAAAAGAAGCAAUAGAAUUAGAGCCUGAAAUUGUUCAAGUCAAAAAGCAAUUUAAAGUAGAAGCAGCAGUACCAAGAAGAGACAAAUCGGCAACUUCAAGUGAAGAAAAGAAACUUGCUACAACUGAAAAUGAAGCCAGGCUUAAGACAGAUUUAGAAGACGCGUUAAGAAAAAUAGACGAACUUGUCAUCAGCAAGGAAAAAGACCGAAAGAAUGCUCAGUCGACCAUAGAUUCAUUAAACAAGGAACUGAAAAAUGCUAAGAAUAACUUAGCUCAGUUGUCUAGUGACUACGAAAAAGAAAAACGUCGCUUAGAAGCUCUCAUAGAUGCACUGAAACAAGAACUAGAGGAAAGAAAAAUAAGAAUGGAGCCAAAAGAAGAUAAAAUAAAACAAAGCACUGAAGAGGCUGAAAAGAGGGGGACUCGUAAAACAGAAGAGCCUGAUGCAACCAUUACUCCAGACUUCAAGCAAGACCCGGCGCUAGCAGCCCCAGAGACGCGCCAGAUCGCCCGGUGCCGAGCUUCCGAGGACCUGCUCCGCAAACUGCUCGAGCUAGGAUUCCAGGGGCUGUCGCUGCCGGAGCUGGCGCGGCUGCACGAGCAGACGUGCGAGGCCACGCGCCUCCUGCUGCUGGACUCCGGGGGAGAACCUGCCUCCAGGCCCCCGCCAGGCGCCCCCAGCCCGCUCAUGGUCCUGGACCGCAUCAACCUCGAGGACAUCAAGCUGUCGCAGCAGGACCGCAUGCUGGUGGUCAGAGAGAGCCAGCUGGAGGCGCAAGUGCUGCAGCGGCGCAAGCAAGAGUGGGAGCUGAGCUUCCAGCGACACGAGCACAUCUGGAAGAUACAGGAGCUGGAGAAGGCCGGCAUUCUGCGGCCCGGAGCGGGCGGUCCGGAGACCAAGCGCGCCAAAUCCGUGUCCCGCUGGGGAGAUGCUCCAAGGAACCUGCAGCAACGCCCGUCUCAUCUCGGCAGGACUAUUUGCGUCCCUCCCAGCAUGAUGCAAAUUCGUUCCAGACCCUGGUAACAUGCCAGGACUAAAUUAAGAAUCGGAAGAAACGUUGUGAAGAUUGGAAUCAUUGUGUGCCUAUUUUUGCUAGUGGGUCCUUUGUGUACAGUGUAAAAUUAUUUUCAGUUCAUUGAAAAAAAAAUUUUUUUUUUGAAAUGUGAAA